GUCUCUGCGGGACCCGGUUCAGUUUCUCACCAUGGCGCCCAGUCAGGGGUCCAGGAUGCUGAGUAAAGAUGAUGCGAAUUAUAAACUUCACUUUCGGAUGAUAAACGAGCAGCAAGUGGAGGACAUCACCCUGGAUUUCUUCUACAAACCGCACACCAUUACUUUACUGACGUUCACCGUCGUCAGCAUAAUGUACUUUGCGUUUACGAGGGAUGAUGGUGAUUCUGAUAAUAAUCUGCGCGUGGGUCUCCUGCUGGUCGUCUCUUUCUUUCUUAUUAUCAGUAUUCUUGCCUUCCCCAACGGUCCUUUCACAAGACCUCAUCCUGCAAUAUGGCGCAUGGUUUUUGGUGAGAAACAGUCUUUUCUUUUGUGUUUACUUAUCAGCAGCUCUGUUGACUCAACCUUCAAUGUCUUGAUUUAUUGGUGCUUUUCAGGUCUCAGCGUCCUUUACUUCCUCUUCCUGGUGUUCCUCAUCUUCCUGAACUUGGAUCAGGUGAAGACGCUGUUGUAUUGGCUGGACCCCAAUCUUCGUUACGCCACACGAGAAGCAGAUGUCAUGGAGUAUGCGGUAAACUGUCACGUUAUCACAUGGGAGCGUAUCCUGAGUCACUUUGACAUCUUUGCCUUUGGUCAUUUCUGGGGCUGGGCAAUGAAAGCUCUGCUCAUCCGCAGCUACGGCCUCUGCUGGACCAUCAGCAUCACAUGGGAGCUCACCGAGUUGUUCUUCAUGCACCUCCUGCCAAACUUUGCAGAGUGCUGGUGGGAUCAAGUCAUUCUUGACAUCCUGUUGUGCAACGGAGGCGGCAUCUGGCUUGGCAUGACUGUGUGUCACUUUUUAGAGAUGCGUACCUACCACUGGGCCAGUAUCAAGGAUAUCCACACCACCUCAGGCAAGCUGAAGCGGGCCGUUAUGCAGUUCACUCCUGCCAGCUGGACGUAUGUGCGCUGGUUCGACCCCAAAUCCUCAUUUCAGAGGGUGGCUGGAAUCUACCUCUUCAUGAUAGUAUGGCAGCUCACAGAGUUGAACACGUUUUUCCUGAAGCACAUCUUCGUGUUCCAGGCCUCUCAUCCUCUCAGCUGGUGCCGGAUCCUCUUCAUUGGGAUCAUCACGGCCCCCACAGUGCGGCAAUACUACGCAUAUCUAACAGACACCCAGUGCAAAAGAGUUGGAACACAGUGUUGGGUGUUUGGGGCCAUUGCUUUCCUGGAGGCCCUGGCUUGUGUCAAAUUUGGACAAGACUUGUUCUCAAAAACACAGGUUCUUUAUGUUGUCCUUUGGCUUGUGUGUUUGGCUUUCAUUACUUUUCUCUGUCUGUACGGGAUGGUUUGGUACGAGCAGAAUUAUGGGAAGAGACUGAAGAAUAUUACAGAUUGUGACGACAGCACCUUCAUUGACCCGUACGACCACAUUCCUGAAACUGCCAAAGAGAGGAACUCCAGUAGAAAUUCCAGUUCAUCACGGAGAAGAAAAGGAGGUUCUGGAAAAAACAAAAUCAAUGGAACAAGCAGCAAGAAGUGACCACAGCUAGAGACCGACGAUCUCUCAAUGGACCAGAACGCACAAGAGGUGAAAGAACGAAUCUGUCAUAAACGGUUGAAGAGCGAUAAAGCGGCUCGCCAGGUGAUGGUGUCCCGACAGAUAAACAGAGGACAAACCUCCAUCUUUACUCUAGUUUUUAUUUUCAUAGCACUUGGAAGGAAAAGAUUUGUGGUUCGCCAGGUUUAUGGUAAAUGACUUUCAGAUGGCACUGAUGUAUGAGCCAGUGAAUGUGUGCAGUGGCCCUCCUAAUGAAAUGAGCUCAAAGCUGCCAGGCUUUCUGUGAAACGUUAUAUAACUUCUGUUCUUAUCACCAAUAUUGUUCAUGCAGAACAAGCCCUGUCUUACAUUUUGCACAUUUUCUCCACUUGCCCUGUAAUCAGUGAAUAUCUUUUGACACACACACACACAUAUGCAUUGAUCAGGGGUAAGAAGUUUUAUGCAACAUUUCAUCCUGAGCAUAAAAACACAAGCUUUGCUUUUGAAUUUAAGCACUUGUUUUAAUCUUGGCACAGCUUUUUCAGUCUUCUUAUAUUUGCUUUUUUAUAUUAAAACUGUGUAGAGUGGUUGAAAAAGAGGCAUUUGCAUAAAGAGCUUUUGAUUUACUUAAAUGUAAUAUGAUUCAGCUUCUUUGGCAACAUGAAAAGGUGGUUUCGAAAUGAUGACCAUUUUCUAUGCAUUUAUAGUUUUCUUUGUAUGUUAACUUUUGUGGUAAGAUUUCUAUGUGAGUAUGCAUAUGCAUAAAUGAUUUUAGACCCAUAAUGUGUUGACUGUGAGGCCUUUAAAUGACUAUGCAUUGUUUAUAAAACCCACAUUUAAUGAAACGUGUGUCUAAAAUACUUUCCAGGGAUUUUGUGCUCUUCCUAGUCACAAGUGAUUUUUUUUUUUUUUUUCAUGUUACUAAUACUAAAUGGUAACGUAUGCAUAUAUUAAGGUACUAUCACGUGUUUUUUGCCUUAUUUAAUUAUUUUAUAUUCCAUUUUUCAUGGACCAAAUUGUUGAGCAAUACCCAAACUUAUGCAGAAUACAAUAAUUUACCUGAAAAACAGCAAACGAGUCAUGAAGGCCGCAUGUCAUGUGAUGUCAAACUUGAAACUCAGUAUUCUCAUAUCUGAUUAUUUCAAACCUUUAAUGUGACCAUAUGGAGCAAUGAGGUGUGAUUGUGUUUGAGUUUUUAUCAGUGUAUAUGAAUGGUUGGACUGUAAGAAAUGUUAUUUUCACUUUCUUAAUACAUUUAUACUGUAUCGUUGAGUAAAACUUUCAAAUAAAAUGCUGAAUUGAA